CCUCUCUUCACCUCAAAAUCUCCAUUACCCCAUGCCAUGCAAAAACCUUCAUCACAUCAAAAACCUCCAAAUUCUCCUCUUCCCAAAACCCCUUUAGAUUUUUCUCUUUUUUCUCCCAUGCAAUCAUCAAAAAAUGAACAUUCACUAGGUUUGGCUGAUUAUGUUGGUGUUGAGAGCUAUGUUGAUUUAAAAUCUGAUUUGAAUUUGGAACCCUAUAAGUGGUUCAGCGGCGGCGGUGGCGGCGGCGGCUUCGAGAGAAGGGAAGAAGAGAGAAUGGCGAUGAAGAGAGAGAAGCAGAAGGAGAAAAUAGAGAGAGAAUAUCCGCCGUCAAUACCGUGGCUGUCGCACACGGAGAAUUUGCCGACUUCACAAAUGCCGUGGGUUAUGAAGAGGUAUUAUACACCUGACGGCCGAUUGAUUAUCAAAGAAGAGAAAGUAAAAAGGUUUGAGUAUUUCGAGGCUCACCGUACUAAUGGGCGAUUAAUGCUUAAUCUGGUUCCAUUAAACGACGACGUUUCGUGUUCCGACGACGAUGAUGAUGUUGAUGUUGAUGAGUGUGUGAAAGAAGAAGAGAAUUGUGAUGAUAGCGUUGUAACGGGCGGUUGUGAUCGGGUAAAGGUUGAUCGGACGGAUGGGAAUGAAUCGGCAUUGGUGAAUGGUGGUGGUGCUCCGGUGAUCGGCGGCGGUGGAAGUGGAGGAGGAAGCAAGUGUUCGAGUUUAUUUACGUUUGGUGUAACUGUACCGGCGAUAAGACCAGUUCAUACAUAACCACCCACCCACAAUUGUUGACGUAUCUCUUAUGACAAAAUAAGGCUUUUUUUGUGUUUUAAAUUUUUUAUUUAGUUC